AGGCGCUCGGGCCGGCGGCGGCGCCCUCUCCCCCGCGCUCGCGGGCGGCGGCGGCGGCAGGAGGCAGGGGGAGCCCGGGAGCAGCGGCGGCGGCCCGGCCCGGCGGGCAGCGAGCCCGGCAGGCAGGCGGGGGCCCCCCGCCCGCCCGCGCUGACGUCAGGAAACUUUCUCCGUGGCUGAGGCGGGAGCGGGGCCGGAGCGGGCGCUGUGUGUCGGCGCGCCGCGGCAGCGGGCCGCCUCCAUCACUUCGCAGUUUGUGCCCACUGCCUCUUGUCCUGUCGCUGGUGACCACUGAGAAGAGUCUAGCUCUGCCUUCUUUACGCCCUGCCUUCAGAUACCUAUAGGCAUUGUACAUGAGAAAGUAUAAAGCAGCAGUGACAGAAAUUCAGAAAUACUGACAAAUGAGUGAUUUAUUCUACAUGAGAACAAGUGCUUGCUCUAUUCCUUGGCAAGAAAUUUGAAUGCAAAAGGCUGCAGAACCAAAGAAGUGGGAAGACUAGGGCUGCCUGCCUGAAGUGCGAUCAGCGGCUUAAACACACAUCACUUCCAGUGAAUCCCUUUGUUUCUGUGGUUCUGUGACCUUAUUUCCUCAUCCAUUAGGUUAAAGUGGGGAAAAAAACCCAAACAUACUUGGAUAUAUUUUCAACAUGAAUCGUGCUUUUAGCAGGAAGAAAGACAAAACAUGGAUGCACACUCCUGAAGCCUUAUCAAAGCAUUAUAUUCCCUAUAAUGCAAAGUUUCUUGGCAGUACGGAAGUGGAGCAGCCCAAAGGCACAGAAGUUGUAAGAGAUGCUGUUAGAAAAUUAAAGUUUGCAAGACAUAUCAAGAAAUCUGAAGGCCAGAAGACUCCCAAAGUUGAAUUACAAAUCUCAAUUUAUGGCGUAAAAAUUCUAGACCCCAAAACAAAGGAAGUCCAGCACAAUUGUCAGCUUCAUAGGAUAUCGUUUUGCGCUGAUGAUAAAACUGAUAAGAGAAUAUUUACUUUCAUAUGCAAAGAUUCAGAAUCAAAUAAGCAUUUGUGCUAUGUAUUUGACAGUGAAAAGUGUGCAGAAGAGAUCACUUUAACAAUUGGUCAAGCAUUUGACUUAGCUUACAGGAAAUUUCUGGAAUCUGGAGGAAAAGAUGUUGAGACAAGAAAACAAAUCGCAGGUUUACAGAAAAGAAUUCAAGAGUUAGAAACUGAAAACUCAGAACUGAAAAAUAAAGUUCAAGAUUUGGAAAAUCAGUUAAGAAUAACACAAGUACAAACAUCUCCACUGCUGCACGUAAAGUGUGAUAACGAUGAACAUAUGUUUCAAAGACCCUCUACUUUUUUCUGGUGUAACAAUGAGGAUUCACCUCCUUGUUUAGAUAUGUCUUCCAUUACCCUUACUCCUAGGAGUUCUCCUGACUCCCGACUACCAUCUGGAUUGUUAAUACCACCACCUUCAAAAAGUGGUCUUCAAAAGCCAGCCAGUGAAUACAGCUACCCAAGACCUCGUGCAGGCAGUGUGACACCUAAAUCACCCUCCACUGACAUCUUUGAUAUGGUUCCCUUUUCUCCCAUAUCCCCUCAGUCAUCAACACCUACUCGCAAUGGCACACAGCCUCCUCCAGUACCCAGUAGAUCUGCAGAGAUCAAGAGAGACCUUUUUGGAGCAGAACCUUUUGACCCUUUUAGUUGUGGAGCAGGAGAUUUCCCACCAGACAUUCAGUCCAAACUAGAUGAGAUGCAGGAGGGGUUCAAAAUGGGAUUAACUCUUGAAGGCACAGUGUUUUGUCUUGACCCACUAGACAGCAGGUGCUGAUGGCAAGAAACUAAAUAUGAAAUUCUUACAGUGUUUUUCAGUUCCAAACACGUAUUCACAAAUAUUAUCCACUUGCCAAAAAUUGUUUUUCAACAUGUUAAUUCUUGUAAGGUUUGCUUCUGUAAAAUUUCAGCUUAGUUCCAGUGUUUCCCUGUACAAAUGUAACAAGUUGUACUUGUUUAUGAAAUAUAAAUUAAAUUAGUGUUGUGUUUCUUUCUCUUUGGCCCGAGUUUGCUACACCUUAUGAUUAUUAGCCUGGGAAAGUUCUUCAGAAAGCUCAUACACACCUCUCUCUGUUCGCAGACAUGCAAGCACAAUUUUUACUUAAUAUUUCACAUGGUGGAAUGUUGAAAUUAAGUUCUUAGGCCAUAAUUUAAUGUCCAACCAGUAAGACCGUUAAUAUCUAAUUUUAAAAAAGGUUGAAUUGCAAUGAAAAAGCGCUAAUAUAUGCUUAAAAUAUUAAUAUGUAUUCCAUGUAGUUAAUUCCUAUUACAGUGUAUGUUUACUAUGCGGUAUAUAUGUUGUUGUUAGUUCAUAAAAUCCAGAAGAUUUUUAGGUCUAUAAUUCACAGUUUAGAAACUGACAAAUUGUUACUGUUACUGGCAUUGAAUGUGCAUAGAAGGACUGCUAAAUUGCAGAAUGGGCAAAGUAAUUGCCUGCUGGUUUAAUUUUUUUUUUCUUUUUUUUCUUUUUUUUGUACUUGAGCUGUAAAGUGUAUAAUUUGGAAUUCAUUACAUCAUAAUCAUAACUUAAAAAUAAGAUUCUGAUCUUGCAGUGACCUAGGGAUUUAUGUAAUUUUAUGCAUAAGCAGACACUGUGUUUACUGGCAUCACUCAUGUAAGUUACUUUCAACUCCUGAGUGUCUACAGUCUAGGUCUGUUGGAUAGUUUUUUCACUGUCUGCUGUAAUAUUAAAUGUCUUACUAUAAUUUGGAAGCCUGCUGCAAGAAUUCAGUGUAACUUAGUAAGUUCUUGAUACCCACUGUAACUGAUAUUAUGGAAAUAACUGCACACCAAAAUUUUCAGCUGUUUGAGAGUUUAAUGCUAACUUGUCUAUGCAUACUCUUCACUAAUCUUUAACAUAAGCAAUGAAAUGGCAUCUUACUCUUACCCCAGAGAAGUAUUAUCAUUAACAUUUUAAUGCCUAAUCUCUAUGUUAGUUAAAUACUGUCCUUUGAAAACUCUCUUUUUAGAUUUGGAAAAACAAAAUUUCAGAGAGUUUUUGGAUGUUUUGUUUUGAGGAGAGAUUUUUUUUGUGAUACUCCUACUUUUGAUCUUAGGGGCUACAGUUUACACAAAAAAUACAUUCUGUAAAUUUGUUGUUGCACGUAUAUCUUUAUGCCUUCUUCAACAAAGCACUUUUGCAUAAAACCGUGAAAUCCAGUGAAAUGAACGGCAUUACUCCUCUGCUUAAAGUUUGGCAUAUGCUUGAGUACCUUGCUGAAUGUGGGCCUUAAUGUUCUAUGUUAUGUUAGUCUUCCUCUUUUAUUCUUUGUUCAGCAUUCAUAUAGAGUAUUAAAUAUAUAUAUAAAAAUAUAUAAAAUCACUAACAUAGAAUAGUAUAUGUUUCAUAAAGAAAAGUCUUUAUAAUUUUGUUUGUCAUAUAGUAUUUUGGAAUUUGUAUAAUGAGGAUGUUUAGUAGCCAUAGUAAUGGCCUUUUUUAACAAAUAGAAUUUGUAUUUUUAUUGUAUUUUAAAAAGCUUUACAUAAUGAGCGUAUAUUUAGUGGCCAUUUAUUAUCAAUGGUAACACAAUACUAAGAUAAUAUUUGCACAUUUUAAGAAUACCUUUUCUUUACUGAUUUUUAUGAUAGUUGGCUGCAAAUGGCAUGGUUAUAUAUUACGUAACUGGUCAAUCCAUACAGAAAUACUUAAAUCAACACAGCAGUGCAUUUUUAAUGAAAAGGUUAAGUGAUUUGAUUGGAAAUUGUAUUUCUAUGUAAUCUCAAAUGUCUGUUUAAUUUUGCCUAAAAUAAAUGUUUUUAAAUAAA